GAUGUGGUAUGCUAUCACGGAAUAUAUUUGGGGCUCGGGCGAGCAACCACAAACACGAUCGCAAUCAAAAAUAGAGGAAGGAUGGGUAUUAGUACAAGCGGAAAAUAAGGAAGUUAACACUAAGGCUAAUAUCGAGAGUGAAAGCAAAGUGGAUAAGGCGCCACAGCGCAAAUCUCCAAAAAGAAAAUCGUUAUCCAGAGACCUGUGUUACGAAAACGGCACAAAAGAAAUAUCUACAAAACGACAGGAGUCCAUAAAACGAACUGUGCAGCGCAAUGUAGGUGUUUCAGUUAAGGGAAAAGAUGGCGUAAGGUACCGAAAAAUCGAAACAGCAAGAAAACUCAAAAGAAAAGAAAUUCAUAAUAGUUUCCAAACAAAACGACGUGUUAAGCAAAAUAUAUUCCAACCCAGAAACACUGGCACACAUCAUUAAAAAUAGAUUAGUAAAAAAUUAUAUUAUAUUAACAA